CAAGUCCGUCCGGCCCACCAACCGAUGGGCAAUGAUCUUUGUUUCUCCGUUUCCCACCUCACCUCACCUCACCCCACCCCAAUCAGCUUUCCUUAUUAUUACUCCACUGAUCAGAGUCUCAUCCGUCUUUAUCCGCUGCUUCAUUGCUAUCGCUGCUAGCAAUGCAAUGCAUGACACACCACAGUUAACCAACCGUGGAAAAAGCAGAAAAGAAGCAGCUGCCAGCGGCAGCACAAGUUACUUGUUCGCAGACCAGAGGUGUCUGCAGUCUGCAGGUUGCCAUGGCUCAUCACAGACCACAGGAGGAAGACACUGUUGGCAGCUAUGCAGCUAGCUUGUCGAUGGAAGAAGAUGAAGAACAUGGCGCACACGGAGGCCUUCCAAUCGAACAUGGCGGCACAUUAUCUGCAGAGGACCAAGACGAGUCUUCCUCCACAAAGAAGCGACCGCUGUCGGUGACGAGCUGCCUUUUGCCAGCACGCAGCCUUAGAUCAACAACGACCACUGCUCCUGUUGCUCAAUCUCAAGCCGACGAAGAAGAGACAUCGGCAUCCGGCGGCAUCCGGUCGAUGUCCUUCUCCAAGCUCUUCAGCUUCAGGAUGCCCAGGGCGCCGUCAUCGUUGUCCACCUUGGAUUACAUUGAUCCAAGUGCAACUCUAAAUCAAAGGAAGAAGAACGGGGAGGAGGAGAAGCUGAAGCGGAUAUGCCGUUCCCAGUCGGUGCCUACGAGCGUGAGGCGAUUCAACACCAAAGCAGGGCUGAGGAGAGUGGCGGACUCCAGCUCCCUUGCCCUUGCCCUUGGCCCCGGCCCCGGCCCUGCUGGAGUGUUCCGGCUCAGAGUAGAAUCACUUGAUCCAGAAGAGACAGGCGCCGGCAACGAAGCAUCAGCAGCAGAAGACAUCGCGGCGGAGGAGGCGGUGUGCCGGAUCUGCAUGGUGGCGCUGUCGGAGGAGGCGGCGCUGAAGCUGGAGUGCUGCUGCAAGGGCGAGCUGGCCCUGGCGCACAGGGACUGCGCCAUCAAGUGGUUCAGCAUCAAGGGCAACGGCACCUGCGACGUCUGCAGCCAGGAGGUGCUCAACCUCCCCGUCACCCUGCGCCGCCUCCAUGACCAUCAUCCGUCUACUCCUCAGGCGGCGGUGGCUCAGGCUACUCAGCAGCAGCAGCAAGCUGACUCGACCAGCAGCAGCAGCCGUCGAUACAGAGUGUGGCACGGCACUCCAAUCCUCGUGAUCAUCAGCAUGCUCGCAUACUUCUGCUUCCUGGAACAGCUGCUGGUAGGCGACCAUGGCACAGCUGCUCUGGCCAUCUCAUUGCCCUUCGCCUGCGUCCUCGGCCUCUUCUCCUCUCUAACCACAACCAAGAUGGUGUCAAGGAGAUAUGUGUGGAUCUACUCUGCGGUGCAGUUCCUCUUCAUUGUACUCUUCACCAACCUUUUCUACAGAUACGUGCGCAUGCAAGCGGUGAUCGCUAUCAUCCUGUCCACCUUUGCUGGCUUCAGCGUCUCCAUCUGCGCCAACUCCGUCCUCCUCCAGAUUCUCAGAUGGAGGGCCAGGCGUGUGGCGUCGCCGACCACAACCACAACCGGAGAAGAAGAAUUAGAAGAAGGCCGUGGCCGUGGUCCCAGGGAGCCCCCAGCGGCAGACCUUGAGAUCGCUCUGCCUCCGCCGUAGCUCGCUGCAUUCUAUCAUCCAACCAUCUUCAGUUCAGUUCAUUCUAGUUCACUCCAGCUCGGUUUGAUUGUAUAUAUCCCAUUCCUUUGUUUUUUGGAACCUCGUUGUAUGAAUGGCCCAUUUUUCCUUUCUAUGGUAUAAAUAGAAAUAUGAGACAGUGAGCACCGAA